AAAUCUUGUUACUAAAAUAUGUGUGAAGCUAAACUUAUAAUUUGUAACUUCUGCUGUUUUGCAUGGCCGUUUAUGAAGCCUCUGCUUCAUUCAACCAACGCAUCAAAACCUUGCUCUCGAACGGUCUUUAUCACCAAACGUUUCAACUUUUCAGACAACUCCUUUUCUCUGGCACCCAUGUUAACAUCUUCUCUCUUCUUCCAUCACUCACCAAGGCGUGCUCCUCCGCCCAGUGCCACGCUUUCGGCACUGCCCUUCAUUGCUUGGCUCUCAAGACAGGUUCUCACUCUGACCAUGUUGUGUCCAAUUCUGUCAUUACCAUGUAUGCAAAGUUUAUGGAUACUGAAUCUGCACGGAAAGUGUUCGACAGAAUGCCUCAGAGAGACCCCAUCACUUGGAAUUCCAUGAUCAAUUGUUAUCUGUAUAAUGGGUACUUAACAGAAGCCUUGCAGACGUUGAAAGGUGCACACUUGCUCGGCCUUGCUCCGAAGCCGGAGCUGAUGGCUAGAGUUGUGUCCAUGUGUGGGAGGAAUGUGUGUUCAAGGAUAGGGAAACAGAUUCAUGCCCUUGUUAUUGUUGAUGAGAGGGUGCAGCAAUCGGAGUCAGUGAUUUUUUCAACAGCUCUUGUGGAUUUUUAUUUCAGGUGUGGCGAGUCUUGGAUGGCUUUACAUGUAUUUGAUGGAAUGGAUGUGAAGAAUGAGGUUACUUGGACUGCAAUCAUAUCUGGCUGCACUACUAAUCAUCAUUAUGGUGCUGCUUUUGCAUGCUUUCGAGCAAUGCAGGCUGAGGGAGUUAUCCCAGAGAGUGCAUUAAUUGCUCUCUUAAAGGCUUGUGCCGAGUCAGGCUUUGCAAAGCAUGGGAAGGAGAUUCAUGGUUAUGCCUUCCGUCACUGGUUUGCAUCAAGUCAUGAUUUUUCAUCAGCUCUCAUAAAUAUGUAUUGCCAAUGUGGAGAAUCACUGCACCUUGCUGAGCUAGUUUUUGAAGGGUCAAGUUUUAGAGAUGUGGUGCUAUGGAGUUCAAUCAUUGGGAGCUAUGCGCAUAGAGGGGAUGGCUACAAAGCCUUAAAGCUAUUUAACAAGAUGCUGGGCGAGGAAACUGAACCAAAUCAUGUUACUUUGCUCGAAGUAAUCUCUGCCUGCACAAACUUAUCUUCACUGAAACAUGGCUGUCCAUUCCAUGGCUAUGUCCUCAAAUUUGGGUUUAGUUCACACAUCUCUGUAGGAAAUGCACUUAUAAAUAUGUAUGCCAAAUGUGGUUGUCUGGAUGGCUCAAUUAAGAUAUUCCUAGAAAUGCCAAAUAGAGACUCUGUUUCAUGGAGCACUUUGAUCAGUGCCUACGGUCUUCAUGGAUGUGGUGACCAAGCAUUGCAACUUUUUCAUGAAAUGCAAGAGAGAGGAGUGAAGUCAGACGCAAUUACCUUACUCGCCAUAUUAUCUGCUUGUAAUCAUGCCGGUCUUGUAACUGAGGCGCAACUGGUAUUCAGACAAGCGAGUGCAGAUUGUAAAAUUCAAUUAACCUUAGAGCACUAUGCAUGCCUAAUUGAUCUUCUUGGAAGGUCAGGCAAGCUUGAAGAUGCAAUGGAAACACUGAGAACCAUGCCCAUGGAACCAAGUGCAAGAAUGUGGAGCUCUCUGGUAUCCUCUUGUAAGCUUCAUGGAAGAUUGGACAUUGCAGAAAUACUAGUCCCACAGCUUAUAAGAUCAGAACCAAAUAAUGCUGCUAACUAUGCAUUGUUGAAUAUGAUUUAUGCCGAGCAUGGUCAUUGGCUUGGUGUAGAAAAAGUCAGGGAAAUAAUGAAACUGCAGAAGGUUAAGAAGACUAAUGGGUUCAGCAGAAUUGAGGCAGUAGAUGAGAGGUUAUAGCAUAACACAAUCUUGUUAUUAUUGCUUUUUUGUUUUUUAUUUUUGUACAAGCGCAGUAAAGUUCAUAUUAGUUAUAGAUAAUCCUGUUAAUUCAUAAUUAUG